UUAUAUUUCAGUGACACGUGCUCAGUGUUGUAUGUCGCAUUUGCCACUGUGUUCUGAAACCACGAGGUGUCGGGUUCGCCCGGUAAUAUUUCAGUCAUGAAAAACGUCGAAUAAGCGGGCGGGCGACCGGCGCUCAGCGCUCGUGCCAAGCAGCGCUCACUUUCGGGUGGAAGAGAAGCGCGCCGCGCGUCCGUGCACAGUCCCUCCGCGCGCCCAGCUCCGCGGUGAUGUCAGCGCUUUCCUCCAGGAGGGAAAAGGCAAACAUGGCGGCCAUGCACGAGCCUCUCGGCUUGGAAAGGGAUGUGUGCAGAGUCAUCGAGCUGCUGGACAGACUGCAGAGGAGCGGUGAGCUGCCUCCACCCAAACUGCAGGCCCUCCAGAGAGUGCUGCAGAGCAAGUUCUGCGCGGCUAUCCGAGAGGUGUACGAGCAGCUCUACGAUACACUCGACAUCGCUGGGGGACCGGAGGUCCGUGCCCAGGCUACUGCCAAGGCCACAGUAGCUGCAUUUGCGGCCAGUGAAGGGCACGCCCAUCCUCGAGUUGUGGAGCUGCCAAAAACCGAUGAAGGUCUGGGUUUCAACAUAAUGGGGGGAAAAGAGCAAAACUCACCAAUCUAUAUAUCUAGAGUCAUCCCGGGGGGAGUUGCAGACCGGCAAGGGGGACUCAAGAGGGGUGACCAGCUGCUCUCUGUCAAUGGCGUGAGUGUUGAGGGGGAGCACCAUGAAAAGGCAGUGGAGCUGCUGAAGGCAGCUCAAGGUUCAGUCAAGCUAGUGGUGCGCUAUACCCCCAAGGUACUAGAGGAGAUGGAGGCGAGGUUCGAGAAGAUGAGGAGUGCCCGCAGACGCCAACAACACACCAGCUACUCGUCCUUGGAGUCUCGGGGUUAGCGACUGUUCUCUGGAGUUCAGCUGAUUUGCCCGCUUCAUCUUGUACCUUGGGCCAUGUGGAAGU